AAUUCCAAUCUUCUAUAUAAAACCAACUAUAAUGUGAGAGUCUCCUCAAGUUCUAAUUCUGCUUGAAGCCAUGAUUGCUAUCUGUGCAGUGUGCGUUUCCCUUCUACUAUUGCUGCCUUUAACCAUCGUUCUCUACAAGUUAUGGUGGGCUCCGCUCCAUUUUCAAAGCAUAAUGGAGUCUCAAGGAAUCAAAGGCCCCUGUUACAACUUCUUCCAUAACAACACAAAGGAAAUCAUCAAAAUCAAGAACCAAACCAGCUAUAAUUCUCCCAUAGAUUUACCUGAUCAUGAUAUAUUUCCAAGGUUUCAGCCUUACUGGUAUUCCUGUAUGAAGUUAUACGGCAAUAAUUUCCUUGUCUGGAAUGGUACUCAGCCUCAAGUUGUAGUUACUGAACCCGAGUUGAUUAAAGAAAUACUUGUCAACAGAAAUGGUGCAUAUCCAAAAACUAAGAGGGAAGGUUACUUGAAGAAAUUGUUGGGAGAUGGGAUUACGGUAGCAGAAGGUGAGAAAUGGUUGAAGCUUAGAAAAUUGGCUAACCAUGCUUUCCAUGGCGAGUGCCUGAAGGAUAUGGUUCCAGCAAUGGUUGCUAGUGUCCAAACAAUGCUGGAGAAAUGGAGACACUAUGAAGGCAAAGAAAUCGAGGUCUGUGGUGAUUUUAGGAUUCUUAGCUCAGAAGUGAUUUCCAGGACAGCUUUCGGAAGCAGCUAUGUAGAAGGGAUAAAGAUAUUCAAUAUGCUGGGGAAGCUGUCCGCUUUGAUUUCCGAAAACGCAAAUAAGAUGAACUUUCUUGGCCUAGUAAAAUUUGUAAGAACAAAGGCUGACAGUGAAGCAGACAAGAUUGAGCAAUUACUCCAUGAAUCUAUCAUGGAAAUAGUAAGGAAGAGACAAGAUGAGGUGAUUACGGUCCGAGCAGACAGUUUUGGGAGUGACUUUCUAGGAUCGCUCCUGAAAGCACGCCAUGAGGGAAGUGAGAAAAAACAAAUAUCAGCAGCUGAAAUCAUUGAUGAGUGCAAGACCUUCUAUUUUGCUGGACAGUUGACAACUCACAGCUUGUUGUCAUGGAGUGUGCUUCUCCUUGCAAUUCACCCGGACUGGCAAGAGAAAGCACGAAACGAGGUUUUUCAACUCUUUGGUCGAGAGAAUCCAAACUCAGAAGGCAUUGCAAGACUGAAAACCGUGAACCUGAUUAUACAUGAAACCCUCAGGCUGUACAGCCCUGUGACUCUAAUUACAAGAAGAACACAAGGCCAAGUGAAGUUGGGAAAAUUCAAGUUUCCAGCAAACGUUGAGCUGGCUAUUCCACCUCUAGCCCUGCACAGGGAUCCUGAUAUAUGGGGACAAGAUGCUCAUCUCUUCAAACCAGAGAGGUUUGCUGAAGGAUUGGCAAAGGCAACGAAAGGCAAUCCUAUGGCUUUUCUUGCAUUUGGAUUUGGACCUCGUAUAUGUCCAGGCUUGAACUUUGCAAGUCAUGAAGCAAAGAUAGCGCUUUCAAUGAUCCUCCAACGAUAUAAGUUCACGCUCUCGCCAAACUAUGUUCACUCACCUUUUAUAGCCCUCACGGUUCAGCCUCAGCAUGGAGUUCAAAUCUUGCUCCAGCCAUUGUAGACAAGGACUAUCUUGGAGGAAAGACACGGUUGAGUUGAGUAAUAAUUAGCAGCUUUGAGAUCUCAUUUCAGCCAUCUUAACAUCUCAUGAUCAGCAGCCGCUAUGAUAGAUGAUGUAAACAAUCCAAUAUAGUUAUAAUUAUUUUUAUAAACUGCUUUUGUGUAAUUCGUUUGAGAGAUUGAAUAAUCCUUAUUACA